GGGAGCCCAGCGCGGCGCAGCUCGGCGCGCACGGCGGGAGCGGCGCGCGAGUGGUCGGGCCUGGCGGCUGGACGGGCGCCCCUCGCUGCCCCGCGCGCUCCCCGCCGCCCCCCAUGAGCGCAGCCCCGCGCGGCCCGGGUCCGUAGGCGGCGGGGCGCCCCCCAUGCUGCUGCAGCCCGCGCCGUGCGCCCCGAGCGCGGGCUUCCCGCGGCCCCUGGCCGCCCCCGGCGCCAUGCACGGCUCGCAGAAGGACACCACGUUCACCAAGAUCUUCGUGGGCGGCCUGCCGUACCACACUACCGACGCCUCGCUCAGGAAGUACUUCGAGGGCUUCAGCGACAUCGAGGAGGCCGUGGUCAUCACCGACCGCCAGACGGGCAAGUCCCGCGGCUACAGCUUCGUGACCAUGGCCGACCGGGCGGCAGCUGAGAGGGCUUGCAAAGACCCGAACCCCAUCAUCGACGGCCACAAGGCCAACGUGAACCUGGCAUAUCUGGGCGCCAAGCCGCGGAGCCUCCAGACGGGCUUUGCCAUUGGGGUGCAGCAGCUGCACCCCACCUUGAUCCAGCGGACUUACGGGCUGACCCCGCACUACAUCUACCCACCAGCCAUCGUGCAGCCCAGCGUGGUGAUCCCAGCCGCCCCUGUCCCGUCGCUGUCCUCGCCCUACAUUGAGUACACGCCGGCCAGCCCGGCCUACGCCCAGUACCCACCGGCCACCUAUGACCAGUACCCAUACGCCGCCUCGCCUGCCACGGCUGCCAGCUUCGUGGGCUACAGCUACCAGGCCGCCGUGCCCCAGGCCCUCUCAGCCGCAGCCCCCGCGGGCACCACCUUCGUGCAGUACCAGGCGCCGCAGCUGCAGCCUGACAGGAUGCAGUGAGGGGCGUUCCUGCCCCGAGGACUGUGGCAUUGUCACCUUCACAGCAGACAGAGCUGCCAGGCCAUGAUGGGCUGGCGACAGCCCGGCUGAGCUUCAGUGAGGUGCC